AUACCAUCAGCUGAUGGUUGUCAAAAUCAUCGUUUUCAUUUCAUCAUUUAUUAUAAAAAAAAAAUAAAAAUAUCAAAAUUAUUAUGCAGUAUCAAAAAGAAGAAACAUUUUCCACUGGAGUUCCUAAGGUUGAUCCAAAGAAUCCCCAUGGGUUAGGUGAUCCGAAUGACAGAUCCUUACGAAAGGUCGAAGUGGAAGUUCUUAUACCAAAAAUAAUGCGCGAUCGAGCAAAGGCAGAUCAAUGCCUUAAAGAGGUCAAAUCCUUUGAGGGUUGUUGCAGAGAUAAUAGCAUAAUGAUGGUAAUAAAUUGUAGGAAACAAAAUGAUGAGCUCAAGCAGUGUCUCUCCAAAUGGUACACCAAUGAAACCUUCAAAGCCGAAUGCAAGGAAAUCUAUCUAAAGGAGAGAUCGGAAUAUCGUGCAACCGGGAUACCUAAGAAGCACAGAAUGGCGAGGUUGUAAUUGUUCCUAUGUAUUAUGUUUUAUUUGGACUGAACAAAUGCACUGUAAUUAAAUCGUUUAAUAAUAUUUUCUGAAACAGUAAAUUUGUCCAAGUUCUCAAAGA